AUGCGGCUGACAACGGCGUUUUUAGGAGAUGAACUGGGAAAAUACUAUAUGCAAAGUGUGUUUGGUCCUGACGCAAAAAAAGCGGCUGAGGCGCUCGUAUUGGAAAUUGAAGAGUCGUUGAAAACCUUAUUGCUAACGGAAAAGUGGCUGGAUAAGGUCACAUACGAUGCAGCUGUAGAGAAGUUGAGCAAGGUCAAGAACUACAUUGGAGGGCCAGAUGAUGUGCCGCCGUUACCCUUUGAGCUCCAAGCCGACGCGUUCUUUGACAACGUAAAAAAGUUGAUGCAAUUGGGUGCUGCGCGCGCGAUACAAUCUGUUGGCAAGCCUGUAGAUGAGAAAGCUUGGAAUAUGUUCCCUUCCACUGUCAACGCUUACUACGAUCCGAGUGCAAACAAGAUGGUCUUUCCUGCAGCUAUCUUGCAGCCACCAUUUUACAGUGCUGACCACUUUCCUGUUGCAGCAAACUUUGCUCGAAUCGGAAUGGUAAUGGGCCAUGAGCUUUCGCAUGGAUUUGAUGACCAAGGACGAAACUAUGAUAGCAUUGGAUCUCUCCGUUCCUGGUGGACUCCAUCAGUUUCUGCCAAGUUUGCUGAGAAGGCAAAAUGUUUGGCAGCUCAGUACUCAAAGUUCCCUGUUGUAUCUACUGAGGACAAUAGUGUGCUUGGUACUGUGAACGGCAAUUUGACGUUAGGAGAAAACAUAGCUGACAACGGCGGUAUUCGUCUUGCAUACGAGGCGUAUCAUCUCUGGAAAAGUACGUUCGAAUCUCCACCGAUCGUGCCAUCCUCUAAGGUACCACCCGAAACAGGCAAUCCAAAACCUGUGGCAGUAUCCUCACCAGACAAGCUAGGGCCGAAGCCGACGCAUUCUGUUCCCAGCGGCGAUAUUCCAGCAGUGACUGCAGCUCCUCAUCUCCCCGUCUCGGUCCCAGCGCCGACUAAAGCUGGUCCAAGUGGACAUAAUCCUGUGGUGCCGGUGCCUCCCCCUGUUCUUCCAGGACCCGGAGCUGCAACCCCAGAAGCAACACAAACUGAGCCGAAUGGUGGAGUCUCUGUUAUUUCCAAACCACCCCUAGUGCCCGAAUCUCAACCAGCCGGCGUCGGACCAGGUGAGGUGAUUCCUCACAAAAGUACUCCUGCUCCUGGACUACCUUCUCCGGCGGAGCAAACACCAGCACCUUCUAGGCAAGAGUCUGCUACAAAGGCACCAACAGUGACGCCUGUCUCGCCAAAGCUGCCAGAUGUGCCUAAUAACCCAACGCCGCCGCCGGUUUCUGACGUGCCUAACACCCCAAAUACGCCUUCUGGCUCCACGCCGCCGACGGUUCCUGACGUGCCUCAUACGCCAAGUUCGCCUAACAUACUGCCACCAUCUAAAGUACCAGCAGUUGUGCCGCAGCCGCAGCCACAACCAGGUGAUGUCUCCCCUGACAAUGCUAGCAAGGACAAGCGCACGAAAAAAGAGGAUGAGCCUUCAGCAAAGCCCGAGAAAAAGGACCAUACUGAAAAACAGAAGCGUCAAGAGAGCGAGGAUGAGACUGGUAAACCCGACUCAAAAGUAGCUGAUGAUAAUAGUCACGUUAGUCGCGACAAAAGCAAGCACAAGAGUGAGGAUCGUAAGAAUAAGGGUGAAAACGACGAUCAUGCUAAGCGCAGCACUGGAGAUGACGGGAAGGUUGACCGGUAUGAACACCGCAAGCACGAAAACAAGGAAGAACGUCGUGAAGAACGCAAGGAGCGAAAAAAAGAAAGGAAAGAACAUCGUCAUCACGAAAAGGAGAAACAUCGCUACCAUCAUGAUGAGGAGAAACAUCGCUACCAUCAUGAUGAGGAGAAACAUCGCUAUCAUCAUGAUGAGGAGUACCACGGGCACCAUCACAAGCGCGAAAAAGAGGGCAAAGACGAAAAAGAGUACCAUGAGUGCCGCAAAGAAGAUGCCGACUGUGGAUCGGAACGGCCCACAUGGACUCUUUCAGAAAGUAAAUAUCCGUUUUCUGGCGGUGAUACUAGGAUGCAAAGUAUGGUGAUGAAGCUGGCACGUGCAAUUGUGUACCCUAACGAUCCGGUAGCAGACGAUCGUUUGUUUUUUACGGCUUUUGCCCAGAAUUGGUGUGAGAAACGAACACCUGGAUACGCAGAGCUGUUACGAAUGCUUGACCCUCACUCGCCCGGGAAAUGGCGUGUGAACGGCCCGCUGAUGAAUUACGACAAGUUUGCAAAGGCUUUUUCAUGCUCUUUAGGGACUCCAAUGAACCCUGAGAAGAAAUGUGUUGUUUGGUAA